AUGGCGGAGGCGAGAGCUCGUCUGGCCUUGAAGCGCCGUCUCCGCGCCAGCUGCUGCCGUUUCCAGAAGCGCAUGCAGCAUUUGAUUGCGAAGUACGACCAGGCCUUCGAGGACUCCCCGCUGGUGCAGAUGUCCACGCUGACCUACGAGACGCCGCAGGGUUUGAAAGUUUGGGGUGGGAAACUGGUAAAGGACAAGAACAGAAGACAGCUCCAGGACUCACCCCAGAAGGCGAAGGGAUUGAGCGAGCAGAUUGAAGAACAGGGAGCUGCAGAAGGCAGCCAUGCAGGAGUUGAGGCGGAGAGCAGAGAUGCUGAGGCCACACACCUUCAGAAAAGUCUGACGGCUCUGGAACCUUCUCCCUUGCAGCUGGUAGUGCCCGGGAGCCCUCUGAAGAAUGAGCUUAGAAGGAAGUACUUGGCACAGGUGGAGGUACUGCUGGAAGACCAGAAGAAGCACAUCCAGAGCACUGAUCACAGCGAGGAUGCAGACACGUGGGGGACAUGUGACCCUGUACUGAUCUCUUUCUUCAGGCCUCCUCAGGCUCACUGUGGCAGCAUCUCUGAAGGCCAUUCCAGUGCCCUGGUCCCACUACCCACCACCAAAGAGUGCCUGUCUCCUCCUCCAUGCCCCACCAACUCCACCUCCAUGCAGGCAGCCGAGGGGGCAAGCAUCCUGAGCAGCCCGUCUCUGGAGGACACUGACCUGAGUGAGGUGACCAUCAGUGACCUCUAUGCGGGCAUGCUGCAUACCAUGAGCCAGCUGCUCAGCUCCCGACCGUCCUGCAUCAUCUCCACCAAGACGUCCAUCCUGCAGAACUGGAAGCCGCGACGCAGGGCCAGGAUGAACCGCACCUACUACACAGCUACCCGGGCCUUGGAUCAGAGUCCCCAGGACACAUGUCAGCACUCCUCAGGAUCCAGGCAGAGGUUUUUGCAGCAGACGCCCAGGCUUCGAGUGGGAUUAAGCCCGGAGAAAGGGGUCCUCUCCAUGAGCCCCAAACACCAGGGAAGAGAUACAGACUGGAAGGGCCUCAGAGGCACACCCCACAAACGUGCUUCCACUGACUUUAGCAUCUGGUAUGGCGAAGAGCAGGAAAACAGGUUGCUGGAGUCAGAGUGUUUGGUUUCACCACUAAAAAUGGUCACCAAGAUACAGGAGCUGACUGAGCCUCGGAGCACCCACUGCCGGGAAAUUGGAAACAGGUUCACGAAAUUGCACCAGGAAUACUGCUCACAGGCCUGGACACAGCCUAGCCGGGGUACCUCCUGGGCCUUAGACACCCAUUUCCAGGAUGCCCAGGCCAAGAGGUUCAGGGAUGCCCUUAGAAGCUCUGUGGGAGCCACCAGUUGCCUGCUCCCGGCGCUCCCCUCUUCUUCCUCUCCCAGCCAUGAUGCUGCCCCACAGAACCCUGGCCCCCUGCUGCAGGCCUCCCAGUUGCCCCUGGUACUCAGCCCCAGAGCCUCUCAGAUGGUCACAUCGCCCAGCCCAGUGCGCUCACCCAUGUGCACAGUUCGCUACCGGGAAAUCAGUAAAAGCUUCGACAAAUUCUAUCAGCAGUUCUACAGCAGGACCCUCCCAGGGGACCUGCACUCAAGCUUCCAAAGCCCCUCAAAGUUGUCCUCGCCCUGCUUACCCCAAGCAGCCACAGCAGGGUCCCGGUUGCCUGCUUGGUGCCUGCAAGUUGCCAGGAGGGACUCUGAGUUCACCAUAAAGAGGCGCCGGUUGUCAGCACCACCCCUGUGUGGACCUGGGGACUCCUGCAGGGCUCUAAGUCCAGCCACUCCACAGCUUAUAGAAGAUGACCAGCAGAAGGUGCGUCUUUAUAUUGGGGCAAGAUUGGGAAGUGAGCCCGGCUAG